UCGGAUUUGGCCACAAAGCAGGCUGAUCCACAAACGUCAGACUUGAAACCUUGAUUUUAAAAAGGUUUACAGAUAGUAGAAAGCAAUAUGUCCACGUGCUCAGAUGCGAAAGAUGUGGACUUUAUGCGCUGUUUGCAUUGUCAGAAGGUAAUACGUUUCUCCCGCUGCGAUCCCAUCUGUCUGCUGCGCCACGUGGAGACGGAUCACCCGAGUAAAUGCACUGUGAACAGCCGAAAGUCCAAGGGCGGCUGCGAGUCCCAGAUGUCCGAGAACAUGGAGCAAUCUAAGAAGACGGCGGCCUCAUCCCAGAAUUCCGAAACCAGCGAGAAGAUCAAAAGAAUGCACAUGCUGGCCGCAGAGCAUGGAAUCAGCGAGGAACGCCUCUCGGAGAUCAGCAGGAAGACGGGCCUCUCUGAAGAACAGAUGGCCAAUAAGGCGGAGGCAUAUAUGAAGAAAAAGGGUUAUAUCCCCUCCAGCCAAGUCUCUGGUGGUGGUGGCGAAAAGGGUUGCUGCCCAAACAGCGACGGUGGCUGCGAAAAGGAGGUGGCUCAACGAAGCAAGUGCUACAGGCUUUCCAUCAGACGCUGGGUUCCGGGGGAGGGUUGCAUCUUCUGUCCUUGCUGCGGCUGUCAGCGCCGUCCCAUGAUUAAGGCCGCUUCGGAGAUCGUGACUACCCGCUGCUGUGCCGCCGCAAUAGCGGUCUGCUGGCCAUUGUGCUUGCUACCCUGCCUGGCCUCCUCGGAUAACCGGGAGUAUCUGUACUGCUCCAACUGCAAUGCCUUUUUGGGCAUUUACGAGCGAGAGAAGAGCUGUGUCAGGCCCAGUAGGGAGUUUGUGACUUGCUGCAACUCUGCCACGCCACCGCCCACACCGAAGUAGCCGAAGGGAAGUCCUUGUAAUUUGGUAUUUAAAAUUUUUCGUAUACCCAUGGAGGAGGAGAGCCUUCUUGGAAAGCUUUGAUCAAGUUUACACAUAUUGCUUUUUACGAAAUAAUAAAAAUAAAAUUCGAAAAUAUUGAAAACAUUA